UUGACGUCACCAGGAAAACAAGGAAGAGUCAUCUUCUUGUGAUUAUUGAGACGAUUUCAAAAUAGAAUAUCCAGCGCAUAUAGAAACUGUCAUCGAAUUCGGUUAGUAACAUUUAGUCUCCAAGAUGUUUAAAAGCGGGCCGAAUUACAAUAAGCUCAAGACGAAUCUUCGUCUAUGCAUAAAUCGUCUGAAAUUGUUAGAAAAGAAGAAGGCCGAGUUAGCGAUGAAGGCCAGAAAGGAAAUUGCCGAUUAUAUUAGUGCUGCGAAAGAAGAUCGUGCUAGAAUCAGAGUUGAGUGUAUAGUUCGAGAAGAUUAUCUGGUGGAAGCUAUGGAAAUCCUAGAGAUGUACUGUGAUUUACUUUUGGCGAGAUUUGGUUUGGUGCAAACAUUAAAGGAACUAGACCCAGGUUUAGAAGAGCCUAUUGCCAGCAUUAUAUGGGCCACCCCAAGACUCCAGGCAGACUGUGCUGAACUCAAAGCAGUCUCAGAACAGCUCACACACAAGUAUGGCAAAGAAUUUGCUGAGGCUUCGCGCACCAAUUCCCUUAACCUUGUCAAUGAUAAACUCAUUCACAAACUGAGUGUACAUGCACCACCAAAGCUUCUCAUUGAGAAGUACAUGAUUGAAAUUGCUAGGACAUAUAAUGUGCCGUUUGAACCAGAUCCCACUGUGAUGAGAGAUGAUGAAAUUUAUGCUGCAGAAAGUACACUGAUCAAUUUUGACAAUAACAAGCCUGGUGGUGGACCAUCAGAUGGAGGUUUCUCAGGGCCAUCCUCUGGAGGAGGAAGUGGUGGUGGAGGGGGUGGGUUCCCAGUUAUGCCUGAAGUCAAGCCAAUGGAUGCUGCUUAUCCACCCGGGGGUCCAGUAGCUGGUGCCUAUCCACCACCUUUGCCUGCAGUGCCAGCAGCCGGGAAUCUUUAUCCACCACAACAAGGAGGACAUGCACCACCUUUCACUUACCCAGACCCACACGAGGUCAAGCCACCGCUACCUUCAUAUAAUUCUCUUUAUGAUGGUCAAAAGCCUGCUUCAGCUCCUCCUGGCAACCAGCCUGGUGGGCCCCAUAUAGGAGGCAUGCCUGACCUCCCAGACCUGCCUGCAGUCCCAGACAGCUUACCACCUGCAGGGGGAGCCUCUGUCAAUGAAGAUGUAGACUUUGAUGAUUUGACAAAAAGAUUUGAAGAGUUGAAGAAAAGAAAGUGAAUGUUGUAGGUGUUGUGAUGUAAAUAUCAGCAAAGGUCAUAUUAAGAGUGUUUAUUUAAAGUACCAUAAUAGCAUCUUUGUAAAAUGUUGUUUACUGACAUGUUACCAAGGAGAAUUUAAACUGUAGUUAGUGAAAAAAUAUCUGUAAAUUAUUGACUAGCUUAGACAAAUGGCAAUUCUGAAGCAUUGAACAGGGAGUUUAUUGGAAAAUUUUCAGGAGCUCCCACAGCCUUUUGUCUUAAAAGCUCUACUUUUCUGCCCUUUGUUGAAGAAUUGCUAUUAAUUUUUUUGACUGAUAUAAUGUAAAUAUACUGUUGAAAAUUAUUCGGCUUUUGCUCUCUAGCACUGCUAACACAUGUAACGACCAUGUGUGCAGGCAUCUGACAAGCAGAUAGCUUUACAGUGUAGAAUUUUGAUAGCAAAAUAAAACUGGAUUUGGAGCUAACAUUGUAGAUUUACAGCAAAACUUAAUGUUUCAUUGAAAGUGUGACAAUUAGACCAAUCUGGCAGUCUAUACCUGUGCUGUAAAAGUGAAAGUGUUAAAAAUAUAUCGUAAUUUGGUAUGUCUUUGCUUAAGGAAUAUAAUAUUACUUAUAACUGUAGUUAACAUUGUGUACUAAAAACACACCUGCAAUUAACCCUAUUAUGUUUUCUGUUGUGCAGUCAAGGCCUAAUAUUGCCAAGCAGAUUUUGAGUUUGAACUUAGGUCUUCAAGAGGAAACGAUUCACAAAAGACUACAUGUGAAUAUGCAAAAGUGCCAUUGGCUUUAUCAAAACAGCGUUUGUCUUGUGUUAAGUUACUUUAACCACAUUUA